AUGUACGCACAGGACGCUUUCCAGGCACAGAGGAGCCAGCUGGUGGAGCUGCUGGUCUCGGGGUCCCUGGAGGGCUUUGAGAGCGUUCUGGACUGGCUGCUUUCCUGGGAAGUCCUCUCCUGGGAGGACUACGAGGGACUCAGCCUCUUGGGCCAGCCUGUCUCCCACUUGGCCAGGCGCCUCCUGGACACUGUCUGGAAUAAGGGUGCUUGGGGCUGUGAACUACUCACUGCGGCUGUGCGGGAGACCCAGGCUGACAGAGAGCCCCCCGAGCUUCCCGGCUGCUGGGAGCCCCACUCACCCCACCCAGCCCGUGACCUGCAGAGUCACCGGCCAGCCAUCGUCAGGAGACUCCACGGCCACGUGGAGGGUGUGCUGGACCUGACACAGGCGCGGGGUUUCAUCAGCCGGUACGAAUGUGAUGAAAUCAGGCGGCCCAUCUUCACGUCAUCCCAGCGGGCAAGAAGGCUCCUUGAUCUUGCCACAGUGAAGGCGAAUGGGUUGGCUGCCUUCCUUCUACAAUGUGUUCAGGAAUUACCUGUCCCGUUGGCCCUGCCUUUUGAAGAUGCCGCCUGUAAGAGGUACCUGUCCAAGCUGAGGACCAUGGUAUCGGCUCAGUCUCGCUUCCUGAGCACCUAUGAUGGGACAGAGAGCCUUUGCCUGGAGGAAAUAUAUACAGAGAAUGUUCUAGAGAUCCGGACGGAGGCGGGCAUGGCAGGGCCUCUGCAGCAGAGCCCCGCCACCCUGGGCCUGGAGGAGCUUUUCAGCACCCGCGGCCACCUCAACGAAGAUGCGGAUACUGUGCUGGUGGUGGGCGAGGCGGGCAGCGGCAAGAGCACGCUUCUGCAGCAGCUGCACCUGCUCUGGGCUUCAGGGAGGGCCUUCCAGGAAUUUAUCUUCGUCUUCCCAUUCAGCUGCCGGCAGCUGCAGUGCCUGGCGAAACCGCUGUCGGUGUGGACACUGCUCUUUGAACACUGCUGUUGGCCCGACCUUGGCCAGCAGGACGUCUUCCAGGUCCUCCUCGACCACCCCGAGCGCAUCCUCUUAACCUUCGACGGCUUUGACGAGUUCAGGUUCAGAUUCACGGAUCGAGACCGUCACUGCUGUCCGACCGCCCCCACGUCUGUCCAGAGUCUGCUCUUCAACCUUCUGCAGGGCAACCUGCUAAAGAAUGCCCGCAAGGUGUUGACCAGCCGUCCGGAUGCGGUGUCGGCGAGCCUCAGGAAGCACGUGCGCACGGAGCUCAACCUCAAGGGCUUCUCGGAAGAGGGCAUCGAACUGUACCUGAGGAAGCGCCAUCGCGAGCCUGGGGUGGCCGAGCGCCUCAUCUGCUGCCUCAGAGCCACCUCGGCCCUGCACAGUCUGUGCCACCUGCCCGUCUUCUCCUGGAUGGUGUCCAAAUGCCACCGGGAACUGUUGCUGCAGGGCGGGGUGUCCCCGAAGACCACCACAGAUAUGUACCUGCUCAUCCUGCAGCACUUUCUGCUGCAUGCCUCCCCGCCAGACUCAGCUGCCCAUGGGCUGGGAGCUGGCCUGCUUCGGGGCAGUCUCCUCACCCUCCUGCACCUCGGCCGCCUGGCUCUGUGGGGCUUGGGCACGUGCUGCUACGUGUUUUCCCCCAGGCAGCUGCAGGCAGCACACGUCGACAGUGAGGAGGUUUCUCUUGGCUUCCUGGUGCGUGCCAAGACGGUCGUGCCUGGGAGUACAGCCCCCCUGGAAUUCCUGCACAUCACUUUCCAGUGCUUCUUUGCUGCGUUCUACCUCGCUCUCAGUGCCGACACGCCGCCAUCCUCGCUCAGACACCUCUUCAACUGUCACGGGCCUGGCUGCUCGCCGCUGGCCGGGGUGCUGUCCAAACUGCACAUGCGGGAUUCCGGGUGCAAAGAAGGCAGCGUGGCCGCUUUGCUGCAGGGGGCCGAGCCGCACAACCUCCAGAUCACAGCGGCCUUCCUGGCGGGGCUGUUGUCCCAGGAGCACCGGGGCCUGCUGGCCGAGUGCCAGGUGUCUGAGAAGGCCCUGCUCUGGCGCCAGGCCUGCACCCGGCGGUGUCUGGCCCGCAGCCUCCGCAAGCACUUUCGCUCCAUCCCACCAGCCGUGCCGGGCGAGGCCAAGAGCGUGCAUGCCAUGCCCAGCUUCAUCUGGCUCAUCCGGAGCCUGUAUGAGAUGCAGGAGGAGCGGCUGGCGCGGGAGGCUGUACGUAGGCUGGACGUCGGGCAUCUCAAGCUGACAUUCUGCAGCGUGGGCCCGGCCGAGUGUGCUGCCCUGGCCUUUGUGCUGCGGCACCUCCAGCAGCCUGUGGCCCUGCAGCUGGACCACAACUCUGUGGGCGACAUGGGUGUGGAGCAGCUGCUGCCUUGCCUCGGCGUCUGCAAGGCUCUUUACUUGCGAGAUAACAACGUCUCAGACCGAGGCAUCUGCAAGCUCACUGAACAUGCUCUUCGCUGUGAGCAGCUGCAGAAGUUAGCUCUUUUCAACAACAAAUUGACCGACGACUGUGCACACUCCAUGGCCAAACUCCUCGCAUGCAAGCAGAAUUUCUUGGCUUUGAGGCUGGGGAACAACCACAUCACAGCCGCGGGAGCCAAGGUGCUGGCCCAGGGGCUCAGAGCCAAUGCCUCCCUGCAGUUCCUGGGGCUCUGGGGCAACAAGGUGGGCGACAGGGGAGCCCAGGCGUUAGCUGAAGCCUUGGGUGAUCACCGGAGCUUGAGGUGGCUCAGCCUGGUGGGGAACGACAUUGGCAGUGUGGGCGCUCAAGCCUUAGCAUUGAUGUUGGAAAAGAACAUGGCCCUGGAAGAACUCUGCCUGGAGGAGAACCAUGUCCAGGAUGAAGGUGUGUGCUGUCUCGCGAAAGGACUGGAGAAAAAUUCAAGUUUGAAAGUCCUGAAGCUGUCUAACAACUGCAUCACCUCCCUUGGGGCAGAAGCCCUCCUGCAGGCCCUUGAAAAGAAUGACACCAUCCUGGAAGUCUGGCUCCGAGGAAACACUUUCUCUCCGGAGGAAACUGAGAAGCUCAGCCACAGGGACACCAGACUCUUGCUUUGAUGUCUCCAGGUCAACGUUCAUCUCAGUUUG